GGGCGCAUCAGAUAGUCAACAGCUCCACCUACCUCUGGUGGGAAUUUAUGUUUGGGAAGAGGGUAGAGUCAGCGAAAGGAAAUACACGGACUCCGGUGGCGUUGAAGCCUUUGUUGUUACUGUGAAUUAUUGGACCCAUGGUAAAUUAUUUUUUUCGGAGUGUACGGUCAUGAAGAACCCAUAUUAACCCCGUGAUGCUACAUGGACAGUCUGUGCGCUACGGUAAUCUAUGCCAGCAACGCGGUGAAAAUGGACUGAAUGCAUGCGGAAUACUUUCUCUACCACCACCACUUCAAGCAGGGACAGAAUAAAUACACAUUUAGUUGUACAUUUCCUUUUUAUAUAACAUUGUAGAUGACGGCUCUUAUUUUCGGAAUAUUUUUUCCGUCUAGGUUUUCAUCGUCUGUUUUUGAUUGCUUUGGCGUGCACAGUCCCCAUUAAACAAGGAAAUAUUGUUAAAUAUGAGGAAGCAAUUUAUUACAGAGAUACCAAAAAGAAAGAGGCCUUUCCGUUUUCAGGCCCGGAUUUGAGUUCAGUAGGGGAAUAAUGGGGAAAAGUCCAAAUGGAUAAAAUAUGGAUAUUGGAACACAAUAUUAGAGCAGUUGGAUUGCUAUCGACAACGUGACGUGCAAGUUUGAUGCAUCAAAAAAAGUGAACAACCCAUUUCUUCUACACUCAAUAACUCUAUUCGACACAAAUAAAGGGAAGUGGAACUGUUAUUGGAAUUACCACAUUUGCAGUUGUGCCAGCAGCUUAAAUGCUAUUUUUAUAUGAGUUUUAUGUUGCUUUUUUAUUGCAAUUUGAGCUGGACCGAGCUUUGACUGUUCAAUGGAAGUAUGUUAUCAGUUACCGGUUUUGCCUCUAGACAGGCCGGUUCCUAAACAUGUUCUCAGCCGCAGGGGAGCCAUUAGCUUCAGCUCCAAUUCUUAUUUUUUUGGUGGACCUGCCCCAAGACAGCUGGCCAAGAGACGAGGGGCGAUCUCUUAUGACAGUGAGAAUCAAACAGCUCUCUACAUUCGGAUGCUCGGAGAUGUGAGAGUCAGAAGCCAAGUGGGGUUUGAACCGGAACCAAGAGGGUCCCAUCCUUACUUGUAUGUCGAUUUCCGAACUUUGCACUCCCGACCCCAGUCUGCGGGGCCUGUGUCUGCCAGGAAUGUCCGCAGGCUGCUGAGCUUUCAGAGGUACCUCCACUCGUCACGGUUCAUCCGCGGCAUCCCAGCCUCCAACCCACUAGGCUACAUCCUUGAUGAUGACUACACAGGUCAAGCCAAGUUAAUGCUGGAGAAGGUUGGAAACUGGAACUUUGACAUGUUCCUUUUUGAUAGACUUACAAACGGGAACAGCCUCGUCAACCUGACCUUUCACUUAUUCAACAGUUAUGGGUUAAUUGAGCUCUUUCAGUUGGACAUGGUUAAACUUAGAAGAUUUUUAGUCAUGAUUCAAGAGGACUACCGCAGCCUGAACCCCUACCACAAUGCAGUCCAUGCUGCGGACGUGACUCAGGCCAUGUAUUGUUACCUGCAGGAGCCCAAGCUUGCUGAGACGAUGACUUCCUGUGAUCUCCUGCUGGGUCUGCUGGCUGCUGCCACCCAUGAUCUGGACCAUCCAGGUGUCAACCAGCCUUUCCUCAUAAAAACAAACCAUUAUCUAGCAGCACUGUACAAGAAUAGCUCCGUUUUGGAGAAUCACCACUGGAAGUCUGCUGUGGGUCUGCUCCGAGAGUCAGCACUCUUGUCCCACCUUCCCACUGAAGACAGAUUGAACAUGGAGGAGCGGCUUGGAUCCCUGAUUCUGGCCACGGACAUCAGCAGGCAGAAUAACUAUUUGUCAGAGUUCAGGACACACUUGGACAAGAGAGACCUCUGCCUCACUAACGGAAGACAUCGGCACUUUAUCCUUCAGAUAGCUCUGAAGUGUGCGGACAUCUGCAACCCCUGCCGACCGUGGAAACUCAGCAAACUGUGGAGCGAGAAAGUGACAGAGGAGUUCUUCCAUCAAGGUGACAUUGAGAGGAAACAUCAUCUUGAAGUUACCCCACUCUGUGACAGGCAAUCCAACUCAGUUGCCAAUAUACAGAUUGGCUUUAUGACGUACGUGGUGGAGCCUCUAUUUGUGGAAUGGUCACGCUUCUCCGACACACGGCUGUCCCAGACCAUGAUGGGCCACCUGAGCCUGAACAAGCAAGGCUGGAAGGAGGGUAGAGACAAGCAGGAGGCUAACACUAGUAGGGCCUCAGAGGAACAGAGGACUUCUGCUGCCAAGGACUCAAACUCCAAAGAAUUACCUCAGGGAAGUAAACGGUCAUGACUCGCCAAGAGAGUGAAGUGUCAGGAAGCGAAGAGAAUCUCCUCACAGGACAAAAACUACAUUACCCAUCACUCCCCGCACCACAGCACCUCAGCCACAUGCUCCCCAUCUAGGUUAACCACUGUUUUUGUUUUUCACAUAAUUUAACUUAAUUUAUUGCAUUUGGACCCUUUACUUUAACAACAUAGAGCAAUACAUAGAUACCUCAUGUUGCUUCUGCUGUAUUUUCUUUCCAUAUUUUAUUUAUUUUUACUGUAGUUCUGCUCUGACAUCCCUAAUUUGACAUGCCACCAUUUGAAUAGAGACCUGAAGGGAAUUAUUUAAAAAAUACCCUUCUGAUUAUAGUGCCAUCUGCAAACAAUUUGUUUUAAUGUUUUUAAAGUGAGGAAACCUUGUAUUCAGAGAGAGGUUCAUGUUGAGUGAUUGAGACAAGCGUCUGUGGGUUUCUCUAUUUCAGACUUAGUAAUACUUCCUCGUACAAUAAAUCAUGUGGAGAGCCCACUUCGCUGCUUCCUCUUUACAAGCAUUUACUUUGUGUUGUAUUUUACAAAUUUAACAUUGGUUCUGUAAAAAAAAAAAAAAGUACAUACUGUAUGUGAAUAACCACUCACAUGAAAUAGUUGUCCUGUACACACUGAACAAACAUCUGAUUGCAGAUCAACACACCAAAUGCCCUGAAACGACUGUUUUGGUCCAUUUGUUGCUACUUGCACUGUGAACUAUAACAUGUCUUAUGACCCAAGACUCAGCUCAGCUCAGAGACUAAUUGUGUGAAAAAAAAGUAUAUUGGAUGUGGUAUGAAAUCAAUUUCUUUCUUUACCUGUAUGGUGUUGGGGAUUUAACCAUAGUCUGAUGUUUUGUUAGGGGGGGAAAGGGGGCAUGCGUGUGGCCUUAACCAUAGAAAUAGAAUAUAGAUUAUAUUUCUAUGACCUUAACAUUCUUUCAACACUUGAAUAACCACUCUUCCAUAUUAGUAACGGAUGACCAGAGUUACGUGUGUUGAAGGUAUAAACAGCAUGACUACUUAUUAAGAGAAAUUGGGAGGUCUGCCUCUGGUAGAGCUGCGCCAUGACAUACAAUGUUAUUUUAGAGAGUUGAAGCCCUUUCUAAAAUGCAAACAGGCAACAUUUAAGACUGGCAACGGAUGCCUUUUAAGCUAUGCACAAAACUAAGUGACCAAACCAGUUGUUUUUUAAUAAGGUGGAUCAUGUAUUCUCAAUGCAUUGUUCGACUGUUUGCCUCUGUGGAAGGAAAUUACUAGGCAUUAUUAGAUUGGUCAGUGACUCAGUCAACAUGAAACAUUCCAUAUUUAAUUUAUUUUUGGUAUUGUUUUUUAAAAUUCUAUACACAAGGCACGAUCGUGUCUCUGGUUGGACGUUCAGUACAUUGAAUGAAAACCGGUGCUUUUCAUUAUGGCAAAAAAAAAUGUAUUUUCUGGUAACUGAAAGACUGUUUGAUAUAACUGUUUACCAUUUUGAUGUAAGUCGUUUUUGGCUAGAAACUUGCGUGGCAAACUAUUUUGUGAAAAGCUUUGCCAAAUUGAUAUUUUGAUACUUGCCAGUUGCAGUUACAUUUUCAUUAAAACAACUUGUCACA